AUGGCUCUCGCAUACAGCGACAUCCCUUCUGGAGCCAAAACCCCUCCUAAGCCUUAUCAGCUUCACAUCUCCGACGCGCAGAUAGAAGAGCUCCUCGUGCUAGUGAAGCUGUCCAAGGUCGCCCCACCCACCUUCGAAGGCUCGCAGGAAGAUCGCAAAUAUGGUAUCACUCGAGACUGGCUCCUCGAAGCAAGACAGGCGUGGAAAAGCUUCGACUGGCGACCUACAGAGCAGCGCAUCAACAGCUUCCCGCAGUUCACUUACGAGAUCGAAGACAUGACCAUCCACUUCGUCGGUCUCUUCUCGAAAAAAGCGGAUGCGAUCCCAAUAGUCCUACUGCACGGCUGGCCCGGAAGCUUCCUGGAGUUCCUGCCCCUCCUGUCGCUCCUCAAGGACAAGUACUCUCCGGAGGAGCUCCCGUAUCACGUCGUGGUACCGUCCCUUCCAGGCUUUACGCUGUCCUCCGGUCCCCCUCUGGACCGGGACUUCACGGGCCAGGACACGGCCAGGGUCGUCAAUCAGGUGAUGGUCAACCUCGGGUUCGAGGGGGGAUAUGUGGCACAGGGGGGUGAUAUUGGGUCGAGGAUUGGCCGGAUCAUGGCGGUGGAUUACGAUGCUUGCAAAGAACAACCUCCAGUGAAUGCAUGCUACAUGGGCAAACCCGCCCACGUGCAGGAUUCGUCCAUCUCCGAGUUCGAAAAACAGAACCUGGCCCGCGGGGAGUGGUUCAUGACCUAUGGCGCCGCCUACGGCUUCGAGCAUGGCAGUCGGCCCAGCACCAUCGGGAACGUCCUUUCGGCGAACCCGGUUGCUUUGCUUGCUUGGGUCGGAGAAAAGUUCCUCGACUGGCCCGACGACCCCCUUCCUCUGAAUGAUAUCCUCGAGUCGGUGUCGUUGUAUUGGCUCACCGAGUCGUUCCCUCGGUGUAUCUACCAUUAUCGCGAGGUAUUCCCCAUGCCUAAGCUUCAGCUCGCCGAGGACCCUAGGUGGUACAUCAAGAAACCGUUUGGGUUCUCUUACUUCCCCAAGGAGCUGAUGCCGAUCCCACGGGCCUGGAUCGAAACGACUGGGAACUUGGUGUUCUGGAAUACACAUGAGAAGGGAGGACAUUUCGCCGCGCUCGAACGACCGGCGGUUCUCCUGGAGGAUCUGACUGCGUUCGUGGAGAAGGUGCGGGCUGAGAUCAAGUGA